GAACUAGCGUAGCCAGUUCAGGUAAAAAGAACAGACCUAUUGGCAACUACGUAGCCAUCAUCAGUCCACCACGAGUCCACGAGCAAUUUGUCGGUGCGUACCCGGUCUUCUCUCCGCUUUGGUUGAGAAGAAAGAGGAAAAGAAGGAUCUAAGCUAGGACCUAAGGAUACCUAGCUUGACCACCAAGCUGCCAGCAAAAUACCACAGUGUAUUCAAUUGGGUUAUGGCAGGUUAUAAGAAGGUGGUAAUGUCGGAUUCCGAGUUGUCGGAAGUCCUUUGUCCUAAGCAAAGGACUUACGAAGAGGUGUUAAAACAAAAACAAGAUGAAGAAGGUCACGAAACUGCCACUACAAGCAAACAGACUCACGUUGAAUAUACCGUACUGAAGUUAUAUCAAUCUUCCAAAGAACCUACCUUACUUAGGAUGAAACAUAUUAGUUUCUUGAAGAAUGCGGUUACUCACUUGAAUGAAGCUUACGAGUGUUUGGACUGCAGCAGACCAUGGCUGUGCUUUUGGAUAUUGCACUCCCUUGCGAUAUUGGGAGAACGUUUGAGUAAAGAGGAACAAUCCAAGAUAGUGGGUUUUCUAGCUAGGUGCCAAUCGCCAACGGGUGGUUUUGGAGGAGGCCCAGGGCAGUAUCCACAUCUGGCAGCUACUUACGCCGCUGUGAAUGCACUGUGCACUAUCGGCACGCGGGAAGCAUAUAACACAAUAUAUAGAAAGAGUUUGAAAAAGUUUCUGUCGUCCUUACGCGGUGAGGACGGUUCUUUCGCUAUGCAUGAAAACGGAGAGGCGGAUAUAAGAGGACCGUAUUGCGCCCUUGCUGCUGCUAAACUGACAAAUGUAUAUACUCCGGAUAUGUUCAAAGGCACAGCCGAGUGGAUAGGCAAGUGUCAAACGUGGGAAGGUGGCUUUGGGGGUUCUCCAGGAAUGGAAGCUCAUGGCGGAUACGCGUAUUGCGGCAUAGCCUCGCUCGUGAUGCUCGGCAGAACGGAACUUUGCCACUUGCCCUCGCUGUUGAGAUGGAUAGUAAAUAAACAAAUGCGUCUGGAAGGCGGCUUUCAAGGACGUACGAACAAAUUGGUGGACGGUUGCUACUCGUUCUGGCAGGGCGGUUCGUUUCCGCUGAUCAGCGCUAUAUUGUCAAACCAGGACAAAUCGUUGAAUGUCUCGGAUCACUGGCUGUUCAAUCAAGAGGCGUUGCAGGAGUACAUAUUAGUCUGCAGUCAGAAUCCGCACGGCGGUCUCUUGGAUAAACCCGGAAAAAAUCGUGACAUAUACCACACGUGUUACACUCUCAGUGGAUUGUCGAUUGCGCAAAACUCGCCGAUAAGAACGAUCGUCGGCACGAAAUCCUUGAACAGGGUAGAACUUAUCCAUCCUACUUACAAUUUGCAAAUGAAUGCUGCGAAUAAAGCGCUAGAAUAUUUUCUAUCCUUACCGAUACCUUUUGAUUGAUGCGGUUUGCUUGUUUUAGC